AUGGCUACUGCGGCUGUCUUGGAAACUGGGGGAGUUGUUCAGGCGAAGGACUCCGGCCUUUUCACCUCACAUUGCGUCCAUUUGGAAGCGGGACCCUCGCAAUUUACCGUUCGCGCCCUGAAAAUGCAUGGCAGCACGAUGCUUAUUGUGAAUCCCAAGGAAUCGGAGGUCUUCGAGGAGCUGGCGGUGGCCAUGCCUUCCCGUAAUCCCGCCAGCAGCGAGGCCAUAUCCUCCACCAUCCUGGGCGGACAUGGGCAGACCGAUUCCUCCGUACUGGCAGCCAAAUUGAGUAAACGCUACCGCCGGCAGUUCUAUGUGAGUCUGAACCUGAAGUUGGACCGAUUGGUGGGCCCCAUAUUCGAGAAGUCGCUAGUCACCUACAUGCAGGACCAUCUGGAGCACUUCGCCUGAGGCCCGCCGAUGACACGGCGCCGCGUGGGGGUCACCAUCUAUUUCGGGGACCGGCGGCUACCCCACGGACACAGCUCCCCGAACUCGCACUCCGCUAUCUGGGAUCUCCGAUCUCCGAUUCACGAUCUCCGCUCAGACGUCAUGUGGCGGCCGAGUGAGCGCGAACUUUAAACGUGUAUCGCCUAAACGA